AUGGCAUGCCCUUUCAUUAAUGAUCCAGUGGAUGAAGGAGCAGCAUUACUGUGCAGAGAAUUAGGCCUAAAUAUUCAUCGGGAGAUUGUUUUCAGACCGCGGAUAGAUGUUCUCGCAUUUCCGGACAGUUAUCUUUUUGAGCGGUACCGUUUCACAUCACAGUCCAUAUUAUACAUACACAACCUAAUCCGUCCUUACAUUUGCAACAUUACCAACCGCAGUCACGCUUUCACAUCCCAUCAGAUAUUGUGUGUUGCGCUGCGGUUCUUUGCAAAUGGCAGUUUCUUGUAUGAUGUCGGAGAUGCAGAGCAUUUAAGCAAGGCAACUGUAUGCAGGGCGGUCAGAAAAGUGUGCCUGGCCCUGAAACGACUUUUACACAUCUUUGUCGUUUUCCCUGGACAUAAACCUGUCAGAGCCAUCAAGGAGGAGUUCCACAGGAUUGCAGGAUUUCCCAGUGUGUUUGGCUGCAUAGAUGGCACACACAUUCCCAUCACAGCUCCCUCACAUAAUGAAGCCAAUUAUGUGAAUAGGAAGUCCAUUCACAGCAUAAAUGUGCAGAUCGUAUGUGAUGCUGCACACAUCAUUUCCAAUGUGGAGGCCAAGUGGCCUGGAUCUGUUCAUGACUCAAGGAUUUAUCGUGAGUCUAACCUGAGCAACAGACUGCAACACGGAGAGUUUGAUGGCCUUCUGCUGGGUGACAGGGGUUACCCAUGCCAACCUCGGCUGAUGACCCCAUACCCUGACCCCCGGGCUCACUGCAGGACAGUUCUCCGGGUGGAGAUGACCAUAGGCCUGCUGAAAGCCCGUUUCCAGUGCCUACGUCACCUCAGGGUGACCCCUGAGAGGGCCUGUGAUAUUAUUGUGGCAUGUGUUGUUCUUCAUAAUAUUGCCACUAUUAGAGGAGAGCAACACCCUGCCCUACAAAUUGAAGACCCAGAUGAUGACCCCAUCCACCUGCCAGCUAUCCAGGACGGCAGAGCAGUCAGAGAUCGGCCCUCCUAA